UUGAUUACCAAUCAGACAGACGCUAUCGGAGAGAGAGAGAGAGAGAGAGAGAGAGAGGGAGAUGGGAAGGUCAAGAAGAAAAUACAAGGCAUCAAGGCAUAAGGUUCGGGUGAGUCUCCCUAAGAAGAACCCACGUGUGUUCAAGCCAGCCUUCAAUCUUCCUCCAAAGCUUCGCUCUCUCUCCGACGCCGAUCGCUCCAAAUGGGACGACAAGGCUAGCGUCAUCCAGAACUACAAAUCCUUCGGUGUUGUUUCCAACCCUAAUUUUCUUGGCAUCCGAUCCCGUACUUCUCACAUCAUUGAGACCGAAUCCCUUCAAGUCCCUGAUCCGCCUGCGUCCGAGGGCGCCACAGACAAAUUUGAACCCAUCGAUUCUGGCAGCGAUCUUGAGGAAGACGAUUUGAAAUCAGCCCUUGGGAAGAAGCGGAGGGAUGGGAAAAGUGCUCCUCCGCAACCGCUGACCACUAUGCAACGGGUUCAUAUUUGUCGGCUGAUUGAGAAAUAUGGAGAUAACUGCCAGGCCAUGUUCACGGAUGCGAAAUUAAAUGUGAUGCAGCAUUCAAUUGCAACUCUUGAGAAAUUGUGCAAAAGAUAUCACUCAUAUAAAGAUAAAAAUCCUUUGAUUUUGUCUUGAUCGAGAAUGAAUUUUGGUUAGUCCCCGGAUGUUGUAGAAGUAUAAUGUGAUAUGUUGUCCUUGUCCCAGGAUUACCUUGAGUUUUAUAUUUCUUAGCUCUUCAUUUCA